GGCAUGGAGAGUGAGAGCACGCGAGUGUGAUCCGCUCCAGUAUGGGGCUGGCUUUUCCUAAGUGGAGUGGAAAUUAGUGGUAGUGUUGACAAGAUAACAGUGGUUGGUAAUAAUGCCGGAGUCUGAAAAGUCGCUAGAGCUCAAACUUCACAGUCCGGCAGGGGUGGAGGCCAUUAUUUUUCACUGGCCGCUGACAUCGGGUUCAGGCGCUGACAAACAUGAUGGGGCGUACGAGAUCGUGGAGACAAUACGAUGGGUGUGUGAAGAUGUCCCUGAACUUAAACGAGCCAUGGAGGUUAAUAUUCUCUCUGACUACGACACCAGAAGCUACGAGAGUAUGCGGCAGCUGUGUGACAAGUACAACCGAGCCAUUGACUCCGUCCUCCAACUGGAGAAGGGGACGAGCCUACCAGCCACUCGCUUCAAUAAGCGUCCUUCUCGAGGAAUGCUCAAGCACAUCCUCACACAGAUCUACAAUCAUGCUGUCGUUGACCCAGAGAAACUUAAUCAGUAUGAACCUUUCUCACCUGAGGUUUAUGGAGAGACAUCAUUUGAGUUGAUAUGCCAGAUGAUAGACCAAAUCCACAUCACUGAAGAUGACAUGUUUGUUGAUCUUGGUUCUGGCGUAGGUCAGGUUGUGCUGCAAAUGGCUGCUUUGACGUCUUGCAAAAUAUGUGUUGGUAUUGAAAAAGCUGAGACACCAUGCAAAUAUGCAACUGAAAUGGACCGUUUGUAUACAAAAUGGAUGAGAUGGUAUGGCAAAAGACAUAGUGAAUACAAGUUAAUGAAAGGUGACUUCUUGAAGAAAGAACAUCGUGAAGGAAUUACUGGUUCUUCCAUUGUCUUUGUCAACAAUUUUGCCUUUGGGCCAAAUGUAGACCAUAUGCUCAAGGAGGUAUUUGCCGAUCUCAAGGAUGGGGCUCGAAUAGUCUCUUCAAAAUCAUUUUGUCCUCUUAACUUCAGAAUAACUGAUAGAAAUUUAAGUGAUAUUGGCACCAUCAUGCAUGUGUCUGAACUGUCCCCUCUCAAGGGUUCAGUGUCGUGGACAGGGAAGCCUGUGUCCUACUUCCUUCACAUUAUUGAUCGUACCAAGUUGGAGCGCUAUUUCCAAAGACUUAAGAACCCCAAACUGAGGUCUGCCAAAAAUGGAGAUGAGAAGCUGGAGGAUGAGUCGCCUGGUGUGCGCAGAGUUCGGAGGGACCUUAAUAAGGCCUCCAUCAAUUCUGAAACGUCCUCAAACAACUCAUCUGACCAAAACAAGGACCUUGAUGACCCAAUAAUUGGUCCAACCACUCGACGUGCAUGGAAUGACUGGUGUUCCAGUUCAACUCUAGUAAAUUCUUCCUCAUCAGCAAAAACAACACCAAAAGGCUCAUCUUGUCGAAGCUCAGCAGACGAGAAUGAUGAAAAUGUCAACAAUGGGGCAACUCGACAUACAAGUGCCGGAACACGGAGGAGAAAUACUCAGAGAAGAGCAGCAGCGUCAAAACCAUCUAUUGUGGAUGACCCUGACCCUCCUGUGGCGACUCGUGGCCCUAGACGUACAACCCUCGGCAACAGCAGAAGGGGAGGAAAGAGAUCACAUCGGUCAGGAAAGAAACCUAUCAAGAUCAAUGGACUAGACCUUCUUCAUACACAAACCUUACUCAGCACAAAUUCUGAUGGCAAGUCACCUACUUUCAAAGACCCCGCGCCAGGUUGUGUUGAUCAGAAGUUGUCUCUCUUUACGCCAUCCACCGUCAGCGGUAUUCUUCGACAUGAAGAGUUGCCCAUCCCACCUUCAGACACCCCUUAUGCAUUAGAAGUGUUGUUGGAUGUUUUCCGCCAACAGUUUCUUAAUAUGCUAGACUCCAUCAAGAAGCCAGAGUACAAGGAUUUUGUGAUGCAGCAAAUAGAGGCCGAGAAGGAAAAGAACAAGUCCUUAAAAUCACGAGCAGCGCAGCUUGAACGACAAAUUAAGGUUCUCAUCGAUGAUUCUGUGGCUCUUCUGCGGUCGCGUAUCUCUGAGCUGGGCAUGACGGCAGCCAACCCUGAAGACUUGUUAAAUAGAGCUAAGGAGAUUGUAUGGAGACACAAAGAGCUUCAAGCCAAUGUGUCUUCACUUCAGCAGCAAGUAAUCAGCGAAGAUGAGCAAGAUAAGUUAGUGAGGCUGAGACAACACGAGAUCAUCAACAAGUAUAGAAGGAAUGGACUUGUUAAUGGAAGUCUGGAUGUGUCUCACCUAACUCAGGAGUUCAUCUUACGGGAAAUAUCUCAAACUUUGUCACAAAGGAAAAAACUUCAUUCUCAAGUGUCUAGACUGGAAUCUGAAGUCAACAAUCUUGAGAGUACUGCCCCUGAUAGUGCCCGCACUACCACUGCUGCUCAGCGCGCUGAUAAGUCUCCAGGGAGACAUAAAACCAGACACCGGAGUCGCAACCAAGAAUGGCCAAAUAUACCCGAUGUUGGGAAAAUUGAAGAGAAAAAUCCAGAAAUCUUGGCUCAGAAGAUUUUGGAAACUGGGAGACAAAUUGAAGCUGGACGUAUCCCUGCAUUACCUGUUGGGACGGAAGUUAGAGUGCAUGAUGGGCGUGUACCCGUUAAUGUGGAAAACAUACGUGGACAACACCUGACAGAACCCAGGCAAGCUGAUACUCGAACCCAACCUCCUCAUGUGAACCAGGAACCUGGGCGGGUGGUAGUACUAUCCCAGAGGUAUAUCCCAGUUAAUAUACUACCAACUAAGCCCGAGUUGCUCCAACAACCUGAAACCAAGUAUCAGCCUCCUUUAGUUCGACUUCCUUCCGAGAAGAACCAAAGAUCUUUCUCCAUGAUCCGUGCUCAUGAACCUCCCAGAGUUGCAGAUUUUGAAGAUCGUCUGAAAUUGAUUAUUACAAAUGUUUUAAAUGAGGACAAACCUCUAUCACAAGCAGUGCCUCCUAGACCGUCCCCUUUAACAUCACAAGCUCACUCUCCUUAUCCAUCACCUGGAGCAAAUCGCUCUGACAAGAGGGAUAAUCGAGAGAGAAGAGGAGAAAUCCGGGAGUUACGGGAAUUAAGAGAGUCAAAAAUUGGUCAACCCGAUUAUACACAAGUAUCGCCUGCCAAAUUAGCCCUUAGACGUCAUCUCUCUCAGGAGAAACUUGCACUGGAAUGUAGUUCCCCGGGUGCCCAUAAAACUUCAACUAUCACUAGAAAUGUUGGAGAUCUUAUAAGUAGUGAAGUUGAGCGUACUUUAGAGAUUUCAUCUCAGUCUAUCAUCAAUGCAGCCGUUGAUAUGACUAUCUCAGGAAAGCCCAUAUCUCCACGUCCUAAUUCCCGAAUAUCAAGAAUAGUGGAAGAGAGUUAUGGCAAGCCUCACACUCCUGACAAUGUUGAUAGCCGUCAACAGUCGCCAGCACUCAGGAUGGUAUAUUCUCCAAUUUCUCGUCCCAAUAGCACCGAGUCACUCCCUCCUACACCACAUACACCACAAGCAAUAGAAGGUCUUAUGUACCCUAGGGUAAAAUCACCGAGAGGCCCACAGUUUGAAGAAAAGCCACGUAUGCCUCCACCAGUACCAUCACCAGGGAGAGAUGGUUUAGAGGCACGGCUUGCAUCCAUGUAUGGCAAUAAGUGUCCCCCAUCCACCCCGCCCACCUCCCAGGCCACUCCACCCCUAACUCCUGCAGGGCCCAUAGUGUCGGCUGAUGCUAGUAAAAAUCGUACCAUAACACUGCCGAGAACUGAGGCGGCACCUGUCCAUCACUUUAAUGAAGCUAGAGGGUUGCCAGUUGAUGGCCCUGUUGAGGGUCUUGCUGCAACAUUGCAUGCUCGUUUCAUCAACAGACCUCAUCUUCAAGCAAAGGUGAAAGAGGAGCCUGUAGACAUCAGGGCCACAGAAGAUGAUCGAAUGAAGCGCAAGAUGCGGUCCCCACCCCCAAUAACUAUGGCAAUCCCACCAAAGAAACAACACUACUCUGAGGGCCCACCAUCCUCUAAUUCCUCUUCCAUUAUGACUCCACCUCUCUCGAAUGUUUCUACGUCUGUAGCGUGUGUCGAGCCCAGUCCGUCAUCUUCUGUACAGUCCUCGCCCUCCUCCACUAAACCCUCCAUCAUUGUCAGUCAACCCACUACCAAUCAACUUAAGACUGAGCCUCUGGAUAAAAAACCUGAUGGAUUGGAGAGAAGUGAUUCUCCAUUACAAAAGUGGCAAGACAAGAUUAACAGUGGUUUUGACAAGUUAGUUGCCUUUGCUUCAGAAGUUGACAAACGCCGUAAGUCCACAGAGGGCACAUCCCCUCGACAAGAAGGAUUUGCAUCGCCAAGAUGCAGCGAACGCCGACCUCCAACCAUUGCAGAACCUCCACACAGUCUAGAACGUGACGUGUCAUCUUUUCGAAGCAGACAGGAGGAAGAGGACAUUGUACGAAACAGUGAUACUACUGUACCCCCUCCUUACUCACCUCAUUCUCCACCCAGAUUAUCACCAAGUCCCAUCCCAGAUGGCCGACCUCCAACGCCGCAGUCGCCGAGACCUCCAGUUCGUACACCUCCUAUAUCUUCUCCUCCUCCAACUCCUUCCCCAGACAGAUGUGGGGGUGAAUCACCUGGCUUUUAUCCUCCACAGGGAGGAGAAACACCUCCAUAUCUUCCACCAGAAUUGGAGACUACACGUCUAAUUUCGCCUGUCACAUCACCCACGGAACAUGGCAUUUAUCAUCACCAUUUUAAGAAGAAAUUUUACCACAAGGAGCAAAUAAGUUCUAUAGAUGCAGAUCAUCACCACCACCACCACCACCACAACAGUACACAUCACGGCAAGUUCCGUCCCAAAGGCAAAAAUUGGCAGUGGAGAAAUAGAUCAUCUCAUCAUCUGUCAUCAUAUCACCACCAUAGCAGAAGGUCCCCACCACCACUGCCGUCACAUCAGCUGCCGUACAACAGCAGUACCACACAUCACCACCACCAUCACCAUCAUCGUCACACAGCUACCUACCCACCAUCAGUGCCACGCCAUCACCACAAUCACCAUCAACUGGUGACUGCAGCACCACCACCACAGCGGUCACAGGGCCCACAAUCACAAGCCUCAUACUUCCAUCAUUAAUUUGUGCAGACCUGAGCAGAUAAGCUAUUAAGACACCACCACCACCGCUGCCACCACCACCAACCACCACCACCACCACCACCACCACCACCACCACCACCAACCACCACCACCACCAACCACCACCACCACCACCACCACCAACCACCACCACCAACCACCACCACCAACCACCACCACCAACCACCACCAACCACCACCACCACCACCAACCACCACCACCAACCACCACCACCAACCACCACCACCACCACCAGCCACCGCCACCACCAACCACCACCAACCACCACCAACCACCACCACCACCACCAACCACCAUCACCACCACCUCUUCAACUGCCACCAUCACAUAAUUGUUGCAGUAUUAAGGAGAACUGGCUUGAGGCCGCUGGGUCUACUCAGUUUCUGCAUUUUCAAAAUUUACAGUUAACCCAUUGUAGACUUUUUUUUAUGAAAACAAUUUUCUUAUGACAUUUUAAGUGAACUGAUAGUACAAUUAAAUAAAAUAUUUUAUGACUUUCCUUUUAAUUACAGCUGGAGACAAGUGUGGAUUGUAAGAAAUACUGUAAGUGUUGGUGUUAUCUCUUGCAUUCUCUAUAGCUCCAGCAGUUAUUUAAUUCCCUUUAAAGAAAUUAUAUUGCAUAUAUUUAAUUUGUGGGCAUCAUUUACAAUUGUAUGAUAUAUGGCAUUAUUGUAUCCAACACUUCAGAUAUAAGACAGAGAAUAACAAGCUGACAUAACAGCAGAAAUCCUGAGUUGCUGGAGCAUUAGUGUGUGCAAGUAAUCCACAGAGCUGUUAAGCUACGGAUGUCGAUAUCAGCUGUAUGUGGUAGGGCUUGUAGUUGGUGUGAAUAUUAACAAUGUGGAGGAAAUGAACCCUUCGUAUAUGCUGUAUUUCUGGCUCUCACUAGCAAGUAUUACUCUAAAUCUCUCAAACUUACACCAUGAUAAAAACAGAUGUAUUAUUUAGCUUUGUUUUUAUAGCUUUUCAGUUUUCAAGAGGUUUAUACAUGUUAAUAUAUUUUAAGGAGGGAUUCGGAUACUGUAUCGACUUCAAUAUUUUAACUCGUGAAAAACUAACACAAGCUUAGAUCGGACUCACACUUACUAGAUACAAAUGCUUCAGUCAGUAUUGGCGAGUCAUCCGGGUGGCGAGAUUCGUGCUUUGUAUUGUUUUUCCCCUCGAGUACUUCAUCCCACUUAGCAGGUUGUUGCUCUCAGUACCUGAAUGCUUCAUCCCACUCAGGACAGGUCAUUAUGUACUCUCAAAUUAGAGUGCUUCAUCCCACUCUGAGAAGGUUGUUGCUCUCGGUACUCGAGUGCAUCGUCCCCCUCUAGCCAGACUAUUGCCAAUACUACUGAAGCAUUUUUCUUAUUAUUGUUUGUUAAAGUACUUUCAGCCAUACUUGCUCCUCCUUCACCAGGUGUGUUCUUUAACCUAACUGUGGGUCUUCCUCUAAACUUGAAUGAAUAUAAGAGAGCUUUCAGGAAAAUCUAACUGUGAUUGUAUAUAUACUUGCCAUGGAUUGUCUUGCAGGUAGGCUAAAAAUUACAAGAACAUUCAUUCCCAGGCAAGUGUAAUCUUUUGCAGUUAUUCCCAAAUAGGGAAAAUUUUCACAGAUUCAACUUUGUGAUCACAAUGUGGCAUUUCUGACAGUGAGCAGUUAUGAUAUAAGUGUUUUAGAUUUUUUUUUUUAACCGAACCUAGGCUUCAUUAAAUAUAGAUGCAAAAAAAACUUUAUGUAAUCUUUAUUUAUAUAGAUUGUACAAGAAGCAGGGAUAAGGUAUCACUCCCCUAACACUGGCUGAUACUAACACAUAAGGACUUUAGUGAGAUGAUUGCACUGCCAUUGAAAGUUUUCAACAAAUGAACCACGCACCAUUUUUCCAUUGACAAAUGUUAAAUUUUGCUAAUUUUCUUGUUAUAUGCAAGACAGCAUCCUGAAUUAUGUACAACACAAACGUGAAGUUUCAUUCAACUGGUUUAGUAAUAGUUGGAAGUAAAGUGAAUUUUGAACUGCCAGUUUCAUAUCUUCCUAGAUUUUGAUAGAUACAAUUAAGGGACCAAUUGCAAUUUUUUUUUAAAUAUCUUGGCUAUUUAAAUCUGUAGAUUUUUAGAUGUCUUUGCGGUAGCUCCUUGCGGAGAUUUCUUAUCAACGUUAAAUAAUGGACGGGAGUGAGCAAAUGUAAUGCCACAUUAGUUGGAGGAGACCUCGUGCACUCUAUGUUAGUACUGUAUUGAGGAAGUAUGUUUUAUUUAUUUUUAUUUGGUGACUAAUACUUGUUGUACUUUAGAUAUUUUUGAUACACAAAUAUGACAGGUUACCACUUCAUUUGAAUGAUUGCUUAAAGAACUGAGAUCUUAUUGCAAAACACUGCUAAUAAAUCUUCACUGUGGAUGUGUGUCUAGAGAAGAGUACUGUAUUUGGCAGAAUAUCUUUGUUAAUUAUGGUGUAGGCUCACUAAAACAUAGAAAAAAUAAAUAAUCACUUAUUGUUUUUUUAAGUCACAGUUAAGGCAAAAAAUUAAUAAUACUAUACUAAAUAUAGAAUAGUUGAGUGAAAUUCAAUAUGUUCCACUACACUGAAAAGGAUGUCAGUGUUACAUUCAUAUAUUUGCAUUACAUAACAGCCCUCAGAUGCAACAUUUCAUGAUAUGCAGUGUUCAGAUUUUCAAGUGACUAUUAAUUUUUGAUUAUAUUGACUUUAAAUUUUGUUUAGAGAAAAUCUUUAACUUGUAACAGUUGCCACAAUUUACAUUGGAUGAUGAGAUAUACCUAUGGUGCUUUGGUUCAUUUAAAAAUCUUUCAGGAUUUAUUUAAGUAUGCUCAAUUCUAUUUAUAUACUAUUUAUUUAGUUUUGUUUUACCUCAUUGUAUGAUUUGAUCCGUGUGUGAUAAUAAUAUGCAGGAGACCUUUCCAAGGGAGGAGUGCAAUUAUUGGUGGGUUUGGUCCACUGAUCCUGCUGCUUCUCUCACCUCGAGUUAACAUCACCAGUGUGGUAUACAAAUAUUGUUAUGUUGGCCUUAUCUUCUGUCAUUUAUAUUCUUUGGUUUUUGCGAAAGUUUUUGGAAACUUUUGUUUAUCUUAAUGCUGUUUUAGAAAUCAAGAAAUCAUUGCAGAAUAUUUAAGCAUUGCAAGAAGCUUAUGUUCUUAUAGUUGCCUGUAUAGUUGGUCAACAUUCAUAUAAUUCAAUAUUUAUUUUAUGAUAAAGCUAAGGAAAGUCUUCUUCAUUAAUUCCCAUCAAAUAUUUUUUGUAGACUUGUGUUAUUGUGUUCUGAACUACAUUUUGAAGAGGGAAAAAAAAAGGCACUUCACAUAUUUGUACCAACUUUGCAAUGAUGUGACAGUAUCAGGUUACUCUAUGGUUCAUUUAAUAAUUUUUAAUUUGCUUUAUUACCAUGAUAUAUUUGAGUUUACUUACAAAUGGCAGUAAUGUACAUUACAUAUGAUUGUAGGUACGAACAGCUAAUAUCUUGGAUAAACUGUCCUUCACUUGCCUCAAAAUGUUAUUACAAACUUUAUAUGUAACCAGAAAAGUAAACAGUAUGAAAACACGGGGCAUAUUUUAUGUAGAAUAUAAAUACAAGUGAAAAAUCCUAAAUAACUUAUAGUAUCAAUAGCAUGUCAGUCAUAGUUUAACAUGCUAUAUUGUCAAAUACUGUACGUAUAUGGUAUUAAUAAUUAUUCAGUGGCAGUCAGUAAUUUUUUUUUUUUCUUUUAACAAGUCGGCCGUCCCCCACCGAGGCACGGUGACCCAAAAAAAAGAAAGAAAAUCCCCAAAAAGAAAAUACUUUCAUCAUCAUUCAGCACUUUCACCUCACUCACACAUAAUCACUGUUUUUGCAGAAGUGCUCAGAACACAACAAUAGAGGUGAUUUAACCUUUCAGUGGGGUUAUUAACUUCUCACGAGGGAUAUUUAUCCACACAAGUUAGACUGUCUGAAAUGACAGUCCAGGUAGGUAUUAUCAUCCUGUCAUAUAAAUGUGGAACAGAAGCCUGUUUAAUGUUUCACACUUUGACAGCACUUCUGGCAUUUUCUUUGUCAUGAGCAUGCAUGAUAAGCAGUAAAUUUUGCAGAUUUCUACUUAUAUUCAGUACACACCUGGUACUUUCUUAUUUUUCUUAAUAGUUCUUAUUCAUGUAAUAUUUCCUUUUUGAUUUAGGAUACCUUUCUCAGAGCAUGCAGUGACAAAGAAUUUUAUUUAUCUCAAUGGCCAUCUCCUACUAAGGCAAGGUAACCCAAAGGAAACAUAAUCAUCAUUUCUUCAACUGCUGUCUUGCCAGAAGUGUGUUGAUAUUACCAUUCAGAUUACCCUCUGACUGCAACAUCCCAACCCUUCCAGGGGGCAGACACUACCCUUUCUAUUUUCAGGACUAGUCUGGAUAAAUGUUUUCCCUAAAAUCUCUUCAUAACUGUUACCUUGUUCACAUCCCAACAGCAUGCCUAAUAAAAAAUCAUUUGUCUCCAUUCACUUUUAUCUAAUAUGUUUGCACAGAUUUCCUGGAUGAUCAAGAUGCAAAAAACUUAAGACUCCUAUACCUUUACAAUCAUUCCUGUAAUAACCCUUUUCUCUCUUACCUUCCAGCCAAGAUAUAUGCACCUUCUUUGUCAACCUAGCCCUCUUCACAUGCUCAAACCACCUCAUCCCUCUGAAUUAUACCCUUGGUGACCCCACAUCACCUUUCAAUUUCUAAGCUCCAUAUUCUGCAUAUUCACACCACAUUUCUCUGAGAUGUGACAUUGCUGCCUCUAGCCUCCUCGCCACAGCGUUCAACAUUCAUACCUCACCCAUAUUAAAGUGUUGGUACCACUAUACUCUGGUACAUUCCGUUUUUGCUUCCAUAGGGAACUUACUUCCCACAGAUACCUCAAGACACCAUUCACCUCCCCCCCCUCCCCAACUAUGGCUCAUCACUUCUGUCAUAGACCCAUCUGCUAAUAUGUUAACUCUGAAACAUCUGUAGUAAAUACAUCAGCUUUCUCAAAUCAGAUAUGCAGUCUGUCAUUGCUUAUUUUUUUUUUUUUUUGUUCAUCAUCUUGCUUUUUUGUGUGCUCUCUUUUAAUUUCCUUCUUUUACAACCCCUCCUAAAUUUCCCCAAAAGAACUGUCAUAAGCAAAGAGUAACUGUGAUAACUCACUUUUUAUCAGAUCCAACAUCUGUUAAUCUUCUUCUUUUGAACCCCCUAGUAUUCACUCCCUACCUUGGUGAGAGAUGGCUGGUGUUGGGAAAAAAACCCUCACAAACUACUGAAAUACCUGGUUACAUCAUGAAUCCCUCUCAAAGUCAUACUUUCACUAAGAAAUAGGUCCCUUCUCUCCUACACACCUUAACCUGAACCUCGCUUUCUGAAUAAAAACACAAUAUAUAUCAGUAGUGGGCUUAAAUGUUAACAUUUGGCUUAAUUUUAAAAUGUAUCAUUUGUUUAGUGCCAAUAGCUUAGCAUAAUAUUAUACAGAAAUAAUUAACCUAUACAGGUACAAGUAAAUGUAGAGUAAUUGCUCCAUAAACGGUUUUGUACCGCCAAAAAUUAAAGAAGAGUUUCAGGAUGAAUGCUAUGUGUAUUUUUCCUAUUACUCUAAUAGUGACUUGUUGUUGGAGUGUGAGCAAGGUAACAUUUAUAAAGGGAUUCAGGGAAACCGGCAGGGCGGACUCGAGUCCUGGAGGAGGGGUGUUGAUGUUGCAGUUUUAUAACUCUAAUGUAAGUGCGCCUCUGGCAAGACAGUGAUGGAGUGAAUUACGAUGAAAGUUGUUCUUUUUUGGGCCGCCUUACCUUGGUGGGAGACGGUCGAUGUGUUAAUAAGAAAAAUUACUGUACACAUAUUUGAGUUGCCUCUUGCAUCCUGUCUCAUCGAUAUGAAAUAAUAGUUUAUGAAAAUGAGCUAAAUGAGGGAGUUUAAUGUGAUCUGCCUAUGCAGGACAUUUUUCUAAAUACAGUAAAGAUUUACCAUAUUUCGCAGCUUAUAAGACUUGUUUUAGUUUCUAUGGCUCAGUUUAUAGGACACAGGGUGGUUUUUGGAGACAUUUUAUGGGGAAAAAAAUGCAUCCAGUAACCCACGAAAUACGAUAUGAAGUAAUCUUGAAUACAAUGUUUUAUUGCGAUUAUAGUAAUAGCUUGGAAUAUAUUAUAGUAUUUCCAUUGUAUUUUUAUAGUAUUUUGGGGGAUUUUCUUUCUUUUGUGGGUCACCCUGCCUCGGUGGGAGACGGCCGACUUGUUGAAAAAAAAAAAAAAAAAAAAAAAUUCCAUUGGAGGGAUAUGUUGUGUAUCUUUAUACGUAUAUGCUUCUAAACUGUUGUAUUCUGAGCACCUCUGCAAAAACAGUGAUAAUGUGUGAGUGUGGUGAAAGUGUUGAAUGGAUGAAAGUAUUUUCUUUUUGGGGAUUUUCUUUCUUUUUGGGUCACCCUGCCUCGGUGGGAGACGGCCGACUUGUUGAAAAAAAAAAAAAAUUUCCAUUUUAUUCAAAAUGUCAUAUUUUCGUAGUAAAAAGUUAAAAACAAUACAAGUAGACGUGAUGUAUUCACUCCCAGGGGAAAAAGAAAGGAUUUAAUUAAUUAUCCUUCACCUUUAGUUUUAGUUGUUGACAAAUAAAAUGAUGCCAUAAUUUCUUAAUCAUAUUUUCAGGAAAAUAAUGGUUAAUGCCGGAUUAAAAGCAUUUAAGCAAUUAUUGAUUUACAGUAUUAAUUGGUAAAUUUAAAAUAAUUUAAAUCAGCCUAACUUUUACCAAACUCAUGGUGCAUACACCACAAGUUAUCCUCUUAUUAAAGGAACGUAGUUUGCUGCAGUGCAUCAUAACAUUAGUCACUAAAUGUUCACAAAACUAAAGUACUGUACAUUACUGCCAAAUCUUAGUAAAUUUUAUAUUAAAAUUAUGAAAGUUAAGAGAUCAUAAAAAAUUGGAUGUAACCUAUGAUAAAUGAUUUUUGAAAACAUUGAUAAACACAAAGUAUAUGUUGCUUAGCUUGAUUUUUAAGUGUGAUAGUGAAUGUAGACGGAUCUGUCUCAGAGUUUAGGUACCUUGAGGGUACCAAGCUCUAGCUGCCACAUUUUUACAUUACUAGGGUCGAGUGCUGAGAAACUGGUCGAUGUGCUCUUAUUGGAGUUACAUUUCUUGUAUUUUUUACUAUUAUUAGUGUAUAUUAGAAAACUUUCAUUGCAAACCUGUUAUAAUGCAUUAUGUGCAACAACUUUAAGAAAAAGAUUUUCCUUAUUAAUUCGAUUUAAGAUAUCCUUAGCCAAAAUAUACAAAUAUUGAUGCUCCGUUUUAUUACUAUAAUUGAAAUAUUAAUUUUUAUAAUUUUACAGUUGAAAUUAAUGCAGCAGACUUGCAGUGUUAGGUUAGCAGUGGUGGCAGUAAGGCCAAGUAUUAAUGCAUUACUACCCUCAGCCCAUUUAAAAAGUGUGUGCCAAAUAGUGUUAUUUAUAUAAUUGUUUAAUGUACAAAAUUUAGUGAGAAACACACUACAUAAACCUUACAUGAAAUUGGGAUAAGGUAAUCCCACAGAAGGCUGAAUUCUAUCUCUUGGUAUCAUUUUCAUUGUUUACGUAAAUGUUUUAUUUGGAGGCUUUACUAAAUUUCAAAUAUUUUGUUAGGUUUUUAAAGCAAAAACUGAUCUAAAUUCUUGUUUGGAAGAAUUCAUAUUAUGACAUUGCUAUGAAUCCAGUCUCAUUGCUGUACCACAUGUCGGGGGGAAUCACUAUACAGUGGUACCUCGGGAUACGAACUUAAUUCGUUCCAGAAGGCUGUUCGAGUGCCGAUACCAAACAAAUUUGUUCCCAUAAGGAAUAAUGUAAAUUAGAUUGGUCUGUUUCAGACCCCCAAAAAUACACUUACAAAAGCACUUACAUAAAUGCACUUACAUAAUUGUUCGAGUUUUGAGCCGUUCGUAUCCCGAGGUACCACUAUGGGGUUUCAAAAAAAUUCACGUGAAAUAAGUUAAUAGGAAAAUAACUAAUUGUUAAUACAGAUGUAGGUGUUAGUAUGGCAUUAAAAUACAGCGCUAGUUACUCAUAUCUAUUCCCCAUUUGAAUCUUUUACUGGUCUUACUUUGGCGCCAUGUUGGGAGCUACCAUUUAUGUCAGCCCGUCCUCACACGACACACGAUAAUCUUUUGAUUUUAGCAAGCAUAUUUUCCUGGAGAUACCUCAUGUAUCUCGCCUAUUUUUGUAAUUUGCUUAUAUGAGAUCAAAUGUGUAUAUAGAGGCUCACUUAACCUGAACUAAAUUAAUAAAAAUUUGAUUUUUGGAUAAAUGUGCGAACACUGGGUAAUGAAUAAGAAAUGAGUGAGGCAAAAAUGAGGAUGGGUUGUAUAGGCUAUCGGCACUUAUACCAUUUGGCAAGACAGCAUUAUCUCCAGUGCUCGAAGGAUCAGCUAGUCGAGGACUUGUAUGUACUAUAUCAUCAGUGUAGUACAGUAUUAUACAAAGUCUUUAGGAACUUCAAGUAGGUACACUAUAAAAUAAAAAUUUACACAGUAUAGAGCAUGAAAAGAUACAUAGGAUAGAAAUACUGUAGUUUGAAUUAGAUGUAAAUGAUAGUUUUUAGGAGGAACAAUGAGGGAAGCUUAGCCUUGUAAAGGCCCUUAUGGGUUUAGUGCUUGGUUAUGAUAAUAAUAAUUAGCCAUGUGAAAUCAGGAAAACAUUUAAUUUUGCAUAUACUUAACACCAAACUGCAAUUGCAACAGCUUGAUUUAGGUCUGUUGCCUUAAAAUACUUUCCUCUUAAUUCAUACAUUUCAAAUUUAAUUUCAGACAUUUGUAUUAAAUUCAUUUGUAGAGGGAGGAGGAUUUUUAUGUUCCGUAAUAGCAUAAAAUUAGUAUAAUUCCCAUAGGAAAGUAAUCACCUUGUAGAGCAUUAUUUAAUUAAGUACACACAAUAUCUGAUAAUAAUAUAUGAAGGUAAUAAAAUUAGGCAAAUGCAAAAGCUCUUAGAGUUAUGCAGCUGUGUUUAUAUAGAAGUUUUUCAAUAAUUGGUUUUGUUUAUAAAAUUUAAGUAAUUCAGUUAAAUAGGUCUGUUACGUUUCUGAGUUUACAUAAUUUGAAGACGCUUUAAAUUUGAACAAAAAUGUUAAGAUUGAUAAUGCAAUGUUAUAAUUUAAUUUUAAUCUAUAACGUACAUUAUGAUACCGAGCGGCUGAAUCUUGCCACAAGUGUCAAAAGCACCCAGUAUAAUGUAAAGCACCAGGGGCUGUGAGACUUCCCCACAUGUCACUCUAGUUGUAUUUACACUACUGCUAAUAUAAGGUGCCGGGAGCCGAAGAACUUUCCCACAUUCUUAUCUUAGCUGUACCUACACUUAACCAGUAAAGUAAUAAACUAAUCAGUGUUAAUGAACAUGUAUUAUAUGAUUUUAUUUUAUUAGCAUUUAGCAUGGUUAGGGUGUGUGUGAGCCAUCCUUUAUAGAAGUGGAAGUUAUUUGCUAACUUUGUGUUGGUAGAUAUUCAUUACUGCCAUAACAAACAGAAGUGUGUAUAUGUUAGUCCAGUGUUUUUUUUUUUAUUUAUUUUGUAUAUCAUUUAUAUUUAAAAGGAGAUGGACCUUAAUGUGUAAUAAGAAUCUAUGUGAUGGAUGACUUUAUAGCUUGUUGUACGGAGGUUGAUGUGCUAGCCAGGGUAUAGAGGAGGGCACAAACUUCAAAUUUUACGAGACGUUUUUGGUUCAAUAGUUUGCCAUAUCCCCUACCCCUUUUAACUACCUAUAUUCUACCCACUCUUCUAGUUUUAUUUGUGAUACAAAUUAAUUUGUUUUUCUGUUAAAAAUGUUGAGUAUCUUGUACCCCAAUUAUGAUUUUUUAAAUUAUAUGUUUUGUAGAGUUUUAAGUAGAAGUGGUAAUGCAACCAGUGAUCAUUAGUAUAAAUCAUAGCUCAUAUGAUGAUACACUGUUACAUCUGUUGAAGCAGAGCUGCACUCUGAAUGUUGGGAUGUCAGUACGUGGGCAUCAGCACCAGUCAUAUUGCAGCUUUAAGUAACAUUGGGCAUCAGCACCAGUCAGACUGAGGCUUUCCCAAAAGGCGUAUGAUUAUUGCAAUGAUUGGGUGUAGUUAUGUAUAGUGAGAAGUAGGAAGUGCAACUUGCUCUACUGUGACAAAAGACAAGGUGGUUGUCUUUCGAUGCAACCUUUUGAUAUAAUGUAAAAUACAUGACUGAUUUUUAUACCUCUUUUCACUGCCAUUCAUAAGAGCUCCAUGCCUUGAUGGCCUUUCUGUCAGUAGUCUGUUAUAUACCAAACCAACUUAGAUAUAAAAUACAUAAAUAUUGCAAACAAUAUAAUUGAUAUCUUAAACUGCCAGAUAAACUUCAUGCACAUUAAAGUUGGUGCGUGAAUUUUUCUCUCAAAGAGAAUGAUAGUGUAGAUAUUGUUAAGUCUUCACUGCUCAGGCACCUGAUAGGAAGGCUUGAGAGGCAGCAUUGUAAAUAGUGUAAGAUAAAGUGUUUUGUUGUGUUGCUGGGUCACAAUCAUUGAUCUCAUUGUGUGUUCUAAUGCCCCUGCUACUGCCAGUUACUUCUCAUGGGUUUUAUUGAGUCACAGUAAUGAGUACAUUGUCUACAUAAUCAUACCUAUACAUAUUUUAUAGAGGCCAUCCUAUGGUUUUUAUAGCUUGGGAUGGCUUAGGCUGUGUACAUCAGUAACCAGAUUGUUAAUUCUUAUAAAAGUUUUUUUUAUAAAUUUAUUAUAAGCUAAAGCCAAAUAUUUCCAGUCUGGUUACACUUCAUCCCUACAGAAUAACAAAAUGCAAUCUCAGAAAAUAUUCCUAUUGCUGUCUUAUCAUUGCAAAAACUAAAGUAAAAAUUAUUAGUAUUGGCAUGUCUUCUUCAGUAUUUUAGAAACUAUCCAAUUGACAAUAUUUUCCAUAACAUAACCUUACUAGCUAAUAUUGGAUGUUCUGUCUUGCUACAGUAUGUUCAUAUAUUUGCUCUUAGGGCUACCAGCUUUACCAGUCACUAUUCUGUUGGGGUGAUGUCUAUUCACAAGUGACUACAUUGAUGGUUUACAAAAACAAGGAUGAUUAAUAGCACAUGUCUUAUCUUCCAGAAUCAAAUACUGUAAUUUAAAUGUGAUCCAUCCACUUUUUAGAAGCUGUGAGCUCAACUAAUUUCAAACAAAUUUAUUUACAGCAAGGGCUUGGCGAGUUCAAACUGCUGUCAACAGUAGCAGGAACUUGUAAAUAGGUUUCAUUAUCAUUCAGGUCAAGUAAUUUUGAGGCUGAAGAUGAUAAGAGCAUUGGAAAACCACCUCAGAAAAAAUGAGUUUCAUUACCAGCCAAUGAUGGCAUAAAUCUUCAGAAUCUGGACAUUUUAACAGGAUUUUACUAUUAGGAAUGAAUUGUUAUUAACCAUUAACAUCAACCUUUCUUGCAAAAUGAGAAUUAGUACUUUUUAAGUCCUCUGGGAAUAAAUUAAACAUUAGUGUCCAGCUUUUGAUUGUUUGCCCUCGUGUCCAUAUGUGGUUUACUCACUUGUGGGAUCAUGACUGUAAGUACAAAAAAAUUUGCCCUACCUGUACUUAAUGUAAAAUUAUCUUUUUGUAUUGUACUCCUUCUGACUUGAAAGUUUCCGCUGGCAGUAUUUGAUGCCUUCAAAAAUGGAUUUUUUUGUUCAAGAGAAUUUUAAAAUUUAAAGAAAUUAAGCCUUGUAAGCUGUCAGUAGUAAAUAAUGCUAGGCAUCCAAUUUCUGACAAGAUGGCUGGGUUAUGAUCAGGAGUACAUGUAUUUGGUUCUUAUCUAUGAUGUCUGUAAAAUUGUAUCCAUUGUUCAGAAUAAAAUUCUCAAUUGUUUA